AUGUCUUCAGACCAGAUAUCCUCAGGGGGUCAGGGAAAACCUUGCAACAGCCUUGGGUCACAGUCACUGCAGUCAGUGUCAUCCCAAGGAACUCAGCUGAGAAAUCUUGACUGUGACUCUGAGAUUUGGCACGAGAACUUCAGAAGAUUCAACUGCUCAGAGGAGCUGGACCCCAUCGAGUCUCUGCAGAGACUCACCCAGCUGUGCCAUCUGUGGCUGAGGCCCGACCUCCACACCAAAGAGCAGAUUCUGGACCAGCUGGUGUUGGAGCAGUUCGUGCUCUCCACACCCCUGGCCCUCCAGGCCCUAGUCAAGGAGAAUGGCGUGAAGACUUGCAAAGACCUGGAGGACAUGCUAAGAAACAACAGCAAACCCAAGAAAUGGUCCAUAGUCAGCUUGCAGGGACAGGAAUAUCUGGUCCAGGAGUCAGAUGCUGACAUGGCCAAAGGCCAGGCCAGUGACAGGGAUGAUGCAGUGGACAUGUCCAGCAAGUGUGAAUUUUGUGUGAACCAGAUACCUCUGGAGGGAAGCCAGGUGUGCCGAGAGCUGCAGACCCUGCCAGGGAUCCAUGAGCCGUCCAGGGCGCAGGGAGAGGACGUCCUCCUGCCGGAGACCAUGUCUGGAGAAGGUGACCCAGAGGGUGUGGGACCCAUGCAGAGCUUGGAGGAGGGCCUGGAGGAAGACAGGGAAGAGGAAACAGUAGUUAAAUGUCAAGAGCCUCGGCGUCCGCAGGAUCCUGCACAUUCUGUGAGGGCAAAGGAUGGGAAGGAGCCCCAGGAAGGAAUGUGUAUGAGAAAUGUGGAUGCUGACACACCUUCCCCUCCAGUUUUAGAGAGAGAUGUGUCAACUCAGAGCGGGGACAGAGGACAUUCGCAGAGUCUGAGACGUUCCCAAAGGAGGAAGCUGGACGCCACCUCCACUUUCCAGGAAGGGCCUCAAGCAGGGGCCACCGAUGUGGACAGCAACGAAUCCCCAGGACAGGACAGGUUGAGUUCAGCUCACUCCCCAGGCCCUAUGGAGCCUGUCAUUCAUCCUGCUGGCCAGGAAGCUUCGAGCCCGCCACGCUUUGAAUGCAAGGAGUGCAAGAAAAGGUUUCGUUAUGAAUCUCAGUUCCUCAUCCACCAGAGGACACACACAGGAGAGAGACCCUUCAAAUGCCCCUGUGGGAAGGGGUUCCUGCAGCACUCAGACCUCCGAGUGCACCGGCGAAUCCACACGGGUGAGAAGCCUUACGAGUGUGACAUCUGCCACCAGAGGUUCACCCACCAGUCCACCUUGCACGGUCACGAGAGAAUCCACACCAAAGAGAGACCAUACAAGUGUCAAUUCUGUGAGAAAAGUUUCAACCACAGGGGGAACCUCAACGUGCACCAGCGCAUCCACCUGGCAUUGAAGCCCUUCACGUGUCCAGAGUGUACAGGGACCUUCCGUCAGCUGGGCACUUUCAAACGCCACCUGAAAACACAUUCAAAAACGACCUCCCAAUGA